UUGUGAGCGAGUGAUGCGUCACCACUUCAGCUGUACUCCACUGCUGCACUGACUUGAAUGUAAUGACUUCACGGUGAAAGUAUUUGUUGGCUGUGUAGGCCCUACUUGCAAAACAGGGUGGAUAUCGUGGACUGUGAUUCACUGGGCCGCACAUUUGUCUGCAGCUCUUCUCUUGAAGAAUGCUAUCUCACCUGAUUAUUGGAAAAUUGUGAAGGAAAGUUUGUGCACUCGUGCAGAAAAAGAACUUGGAUAGAGCUGAGCAUGGGUCAUAAUUUCUCAACUGUGACCACCAUGCUCCAGAUGUGUGUCAUGCUGUGUUGGGUGUCAGUUGUCUUCUCCCAAACAAAUUCCUUGCCCAAGAAAGGUCGCAACAUCACCAUCCACUCCUCCCAGCUGGUCUGCAGUCUGCCAGGCCCAGCAGGGCCUGACGGGAACCCCGGAGCCCCUGGAUCACCAGGGGCCAUGGGCCCCAUGGGGCCCCCAGGGAAGGAUGGCCCAGAUGGGGAGGAUGGAGAGAAGGGAGAAAAGGGAGAUGGAGGUGAUCCAGGGAGGACAGGGAACCCAGGCAAGCCAGGUGUGAAAGGGCGUGAAGGUGUCAUCGGCAAGGCUGGACCUCGAGGACUGAAGGGGCCACGAGGAGCACCAGGGGUAGCUGGAAAACGAGGACAAAAAGGAGAGCUGGGUGAUGUGGGCCAGCCAGGAGAUCAAGGAGGGUGUAAUUGUGGCAGUGCGGCCCGGUCAGCCUUCUCUGUGGCGGUGACAAAGAGCUACCCUAAAGAGGGAUUGCCCAUCCGCUUCAGCCGGAUUCUGCUGAAUGAGGGGAAUCACUACAACGCCAGCAGUGGGAAGUUUGUUUGUGAGGUCCCUGGGGUCUAUUAUUUCACAUAUGAUAUCACUCUGGCAAAUAAGCACCUGGCCAUUGGGCUGGUCCUCAAUGGACAGUACAAGAUUAAGACAUUUGAUGCAAACACAGGGAACCACGAUGUGGCAUCUGGUUCUACUGUUCUCCACCUGCAGCAGUCAGACCAGGUGUGGCUUCAGAUCUUCUACUCGGAGCAGAAUGGACUCUUCUUUGACCCUUUCUGGACAGACAGCACCUUCACUGGCUUUCUUAUCUAUGCUGACCAGGACUAUCUCGCUGAGGCUGAUAGAAAAGCUAAUGCUAAAGAUGACAGUUAAUCCUGAUAUAUCUUUAUUUUAUUUUAAUAAUUUACCCAAUUCUGAUAUCAAAAUGUUAAGAACACUUGAAAAGAUUGCUCCAGGUGGUCUAUAGUGACUUUAUGUUGUUUAACUAGUUCUGCCACCAGGGGGCACACAAGGAAAGAAAAGUCAACCACAGUGGGGGGAGGGGGAGGGUUGUGUGGUGGUCUAUGUUGUGUUUUAGCUGCAACAUCCUUUAUGGUGCUAUGAUUCUGACAAUCUUAUUUUUGAAAUUUCUCCAAUAAGAAUGAUUUGCACUCCU